AUGGAAGCUGAAAUCAGAACCCAAAUCCCUAACAUCGACCCGGUCCUGUCUGACUAUUCCGUGGGCUACCUGACGCAUGCUGCCAAUGCAUUCACUUCCGAUGCGGACCCUCACGCACCAUCCCCACUAGAGGAGGCCGCUGCCGCCGUGAGUGCCUUGCUGCUGUCUGCCUCCGGCGACCUCUCCAGCAAGAACGAGACGGUCAUCCAGAACCUCGUCAACAAAUUCGUCUCCCGCCUCGAUGCAGCAAAUGGCGCCGACGGCGAGCGCCGCCAGAUGGCACCCUCCGCCAAGAAACUGGAUCAAGCAAUCCACGUGGGCUCCGCCAGGAACAUGUCCUCCACCCUAGGUCUGGCCGGCGGCAGCGUGGAUCUCGAGUCUGCAAAUACUCGCCAUGUAGAGUCCCGUGUCGACCGCAAGAAGCUGGAGAAGGCCGAGCGGAAGCUUCGUGCCAAACAGGAACGCAAAGUCUUCAAGAAUGUCGAGUAUGAGGCAUCGAAACUGCUCUCCCAGCCCACGGAGACCCAGAGCUAUGAAGAGUUCUACAUGGCCGUCAAUCCUUUGCAACUGGGAUCCGACUCCCAGUCCAAGAGCAAGGAUAUCAAGAUUGAUAGCUUCGACAUUUCCAUCACUGGAAAGAGGAUCUUGACGGACAGUAGUCUUACUCUAGCGUACGGUCGCCGUUAUGGUCUCGUGGGUCAGAACGGUAUUGGUAAAUCUACUUUGCUGCGUGCCCUUAGUCGUCGUGAGGUGGCUAUUCCAACACAUAUCUCUAUUCUUCACGUCGAGCAAGAGAUUUCUGGUGAUGACACACCAGCCAUACAGGCCGUUCUGGAUGCUGAUGUUUGGCGAAAGCAUUUGCUCAAAGAGCAAGACAAAAUCACCAAAGAACUUGCAGAGCUUGAGGCAGAGCGAUCCACAUUGGCGGAUACAUCUGUGGAUGCAGAGAAGCUCGACAAGCAACGUGAAGGCUUGGAUAUCACUCUCAGCGACAUCCACUCCAAGCUCUCCGAGAUGGAAUCCGACAAGGCCGAGUCUCGUGCAGCCAGUAUUCUUGCCGGUCUCGGAUUCUCGCCUGAACGCCAGCAGUUCGCCACGAAGACGUUCUCCGGAGGUUGGAGGAUGCGAUUGGCGCUUGCUCGAGCGCUUUUCUGCGAGCCUGAUCUGCUACUUCUUGACGAACCGUCUAACAUGUUGGACGUCCCGUCCAUCACUUUCUUGGCCAACUACCUGCAGGAUUACCCAAGUACGGUUUUGGUGGUUUCUCACGACAGAGCUUUCCUCAACGAGGUUGCCACGGACAUCAUUCACCAACACUCUGAACGUCUUGAUUACUACAAGGGUGCUAACUUCGAAUCUUUCUAUGCCACGAAGGAAGAGCGAAGGAAGACGGCCAAGCGCGAGUAUGAGAAGCAGAUGGCAGAGCGUGCACAUUUACAAGCUUUCAUCGACAAGUUCAGGUACAAUGCUGCGAAGUCGUCCGAGGCCCAAUCGAGGAUCAAGAAGCUGGAGAGGAUGCCGGUGCUCCAGGCGCCAGAGGCCGAGUAUACCGUGCACUUCAAGUUCCCCGACGUCGAGAAGCUAUCACCUCCCAUCAUCCAGAUGACCAACGUCACCUUCGGCUACACCCCCGACAAGAUCCUCCUCAAGGGCGUCGACCUCGACGUCCAGCUCGACUCGCGAAUCGGCAUCGUCGGCCCCAACGGAGCCGGUAAAACAACAGCCUUAAAACUCCUCAUCGGCGCCCUCCAACCCAGCUCGGGCCUCAUCUCCCAAAACCCCCGCCUCCGCCUCGGCUUCUUCGCCCAGCACCACGUCGACGCGCUCGACCUCAACGACAGCGCCGUGGGCUUCAUGUCGAAGAAAUACCACGGCAAGUCCGACGAAGAGUACCGCCGCCACCUCGGCGCCUUCGGCAUAACCGGCAUGACGGGUCUCCAGAAGAUGGAGCUCCUCUCCGGAGGUCAGAAGUCGCGCGUCGCGUUCGCCUGCCUGUCCCUCCAGAACCCGCACAUCCUCGUCCUCGACGAGCCGUCCAAUCACUUGGAUAUCGAGGCCAUGGACGCGCUGUCAGACGCCCUGCAGGCGUUCCAGGGUGGCGUCCUCAUGGUUAGUCACGACGUCACGAUGCUGCAGAAUGUGUGUACGAGUUUGUGGGUUUGCGAUAAUGGUACUAUUGAGCACUUUGAUGGCACGGUUAAGGAUUAUAAGAAGAGGAUCACUGCGCAGGCGAACGAAGCGGGUGUCGCUCCCAGCGCCCACGGCUUGUCCGUAGUCACUCCUUUACACGCUCGUUCUAGUGAUAGCGACGUUUCUCGUUCUUCUUAUUCCAGCGAAGACAGACCCAGCGAUCAGGAGGCACUUGCAAGCGCCGGCGAAUCCCCGUACCCGCCUCCCUUCUCCUCUCUCUACUUCCCACCCCACAAUCGAGGCAACCGCACCGAAAGCAACGCCCACAGCGCGUACGACGACUCUCCCACACAUUCUGAAUCUCCGCCUGCCUUUGCGCCUGCGCCCCCAUUCACUGAAUCCUCAUCGUCUGCUGCCGCUGCCGCUGCCGCUACCAAAGCUGCUCUUCCGCGCGACACAAAGGACGGAUCAAGCAGCAAGGAUAUCGACGACGGAGAGCCUCCGCCUCCCUAUAGCGAAGGAACAAGCCCUUUAGAUUCAUUCACAUACGUGAUGGCAUCCGCAGGUGGUCCCGCAAGCAUUAUCACCCAGGUCUCUCAAUCGAACCCGGGUGCACCAAUAAACACCCUCAGUGGUGGAUCUGACGAGAACAUAACGCUUGAAUUGAGAGGAACCCGAUUUACACUCUCACGGGACGAACUUCUCACUCUCCCAGAAUUCGUUCUCCUGUCUCUGUUCCCCAAUGGCCUUCUACCAGACGGGCACAUGAGCUCUUACCACGAUGGUGAUGUAUACCCAGUUGAUGUUGGUACCCCCUCUUCCCCCGCAAGCAACGGUUCGUUGCGCGUCAAUUCCAUUUCGAUGAUUCUUCUGCAUCUUUCCAACCCCGCUCUAUAUUUAUCUGACCAUAUCUAUUUCUCUCAGUACGAUCCCAAUUCCCUCCAAUACAUGCUGGAGUUCUUUAGGAACGUAGCCCAGACUAUUCCCACCUCGCCCCCUUCUCCUACUGCUGGCGGAGAUCACCCCGCCGAGGCUGUGCCCAUUGACCCCAUGCCCGGUUCUGCACGGGACAUGUUGCAGGAUCGCGCGGGCAUCAUCGUUUUGCGCGAGGAUUUGGACUUCUAUGCCAUUCCCCCUCGUCGCGACAUCGAGCAGCCAGAGAUGAUCGAGGUAAAGCGUGCCGCAGGAGAGGCACUGUUGCAGCAAAACGGCAUCUUCUCCGGCCUGCGCAAGAGCGAAGAGCCAGGAACGACCGAACAGCAUCUCAUUGAGAUGUUGACUGCAGGAGGUUUCAACCACGAUGACACCUGGGGCCACCGUGCUGGCGAACCCAACAAGGCCGUCAUCUGCAGUAUUGCGCUCGCCCGUCUCCGAACUGACAUCAAAGGCAACGAUCUCGCCAACAGCAAUGCCGUGGGCAUGGCUCAGAAGCUACUCCUCUUCUGGCGGAAACCCGCCCGCCGAUGCUGGUGGGAGGGUGUCGAACUCAACAACGUCCGUGGUGUUGAUGGCCCGCUCAAGGUCUGGAUCCGAAGAGUGUGGACACUCGAAAUGGUAUGUUUGUCUCAUUUAGACUUCCCCCUCUCGACCGAUGAAGGUCCAGAGGACGGUUAA